AUGUCACCUUCCUCUUCCUCCUCACCCUCACCUUCUUCCCCUCCCCGACUCGACAACUCCGUCUCGUCCCUGAUUUCCCCACCUUCCUUCCCACCUACACCAUCACGUACAACCUCCCAGCUCUCUCUCACUUCAACAGCCAAUGCCCACCUCUCGCCUCCCUCCACGACCGAAAUCAGUCCUCGGAGAAGAGCACAUUCCAAUCCAAACUUUCUGUCCGGAUCCGGAUCCAACCGAUCUGCGCCCUCUACACCGACCAAAAGCAAAUAUGUCAGCGGGAAUGGCCUGCUGAACGUACCUUAUGGAAGUCUAGCUUUACGAUCUAGGACUUCAAGUUCAGCAGCUACGCCUACUGUAGCUUCCUCUUCCAGAUCUUUGUUGGAGGGAUUACCUGGUUCAGGUUCCAGCUCUGGUUCAGGAUUAGGAGGGAAUAUAGACUUGAAGGAUAUUGAUGGGUUAUCAAUCAAUGCUACUGCUAGUGGAAAUGGGAGUGGCAACACGACACCCGCAAGUUCGAGGAAAGGUAAAGAAAAGGAGAAGGAGAAAGGGAAGCAAGUAGAUGGAGGUGUAGAAGGUGAGAUGAGCUUGUCAAUAGGGGAUGUAAGGAAAGGAUUGAGAGAGUUGGUAAGGAGGAACACGGUAACUGCUACGGAUCAAGGACACAAUUUCAAGGAGGAAAUUGAAAAGAAUGAGAUGAAAGAUACGAAAGAUGACCCUGAUCCCCAUGUGAUCGAUGAUCUCACAAAAGAUGGUAUAUCUCGAUAUUCGCCUAGAAAAUAUUACGUUUUGACGAAUGCUGGUAAACCUGUGUUUAGCUCCCAUGAUAACUCAUCUCAAGAUAAUAUAACGGAACUGAUGGCAAUCGCUUCGACACUUAUAUCGAUCUUUCAAGAAGACGAUGAUAAGAUACGGUGUAUAAUCAAAGGUCAGACACGUAUAGGAUUUCUGCUCAAACCGCCUUUAUACCUCUUCGCAGUCAGUGAUUGGGGUGAACCCGAACACGUUCUCCGCUCGCAUCUUGAAUACAUCCAUCUGCAUAUCUUAUCUGUAGUCUCCUCUACUCAGCUAUCGAGGGUUUUUCAGCGGAGAAGCAAUUUUGACCUGUCGCGAUUGUUAGAAGGCACCGAAACAUUCUUGAACAAACUUAUAGAUCGAUCACAAUUCGAUUUCAGCUAUCUCACUUCGACUUUACAACCGCUCAGGAUGAACCCUGCUACAAGGGAUAUGGCUGGUGCCGCCUUGAUGCCCCCAAGUAAAUUUAAUGAUUUGCUUUAUGUACUGCUCAUUGCGGAUGGACGGAUCGUCACACUUCUUAGACCUAGGAAACACGCUGUACAUCCUUCUGACCUCCAUUUACUGCUCAACACCCUUGCUUCUUCCUCGACGUUGCGGUCUUCCGAGACAUGGCUACCCAUCUGUUUCCCGAAAUUCAAUCCAGCUGGUUUCGUACAUGCAUAUGUCAGUUAUGUGACCGAGGAUGUGGGAUUGGUAUUUGUCAGUGCGGAUAGAGAAGCUUUCGAAGAUCUCAGAGGUUGGAAAAGUAUUGUCAUGGAAAAAUUGGAGAAUGACAAGACUUUGUCGAGAAUCACUGAAUCCAUCCCUCUCCACGCUUAUACCGUUUCUGCCAUUGGAUGUCCAGGUCUUCGUCACUUUAUAUACAAAUCUCGAACGUAUAUCCAAAUUACUCAGCCUGAAUGGGAAGCCCCGUAUACUGAAGAUAGCAUAGAUAGGAAACGAUUGAUCACGUUAUAUCAGAAGUUACACGAUAUCGUCCAUGGUCGAUCUGGACAAACCCAGACGUAUAAAUUGGUAUAUAUACGUACAGAGCAUGAAGCGUGUUUAGCUUGGUUAACGAAACCAUUCGAGUUGUAUCUGACUGUAUCACCUCAAUUGUCGAAAUUUGCUGUUGUAGCUGCUGCCAACACGGUUGCAAAGUGGGUUUUGGCCGAAGAAGGUCGAGUGUUUUUGAAGGAUGCACCGGUGUUCUAG